AUGUCAACAACACAAGACAAUAUAAAUGAUAAAGAUAUAUUAAUAACAUAUAUUAAAUGUGAAAAUAAUACAGAUGAUGAUUUCGUAUUCGAUAAAUCAACAGAAUUAAAUGAUAAGAAAGAUUAUUAUUCAAAUCUAUUAUCAACAUGUACCAUUGUAAAUCCAUCAUCAUCAUCAGCAUACAAAGGAAAAAUUGAAGUUACAAGUAAAGGACGUCGAAAAAUUUUUGAUGGUGUUCGAUGGCAAAUAUUAUGUCGAAGACCAGAAUGUCGAAAACAAACAAAUAAAAAAUCUCUUUGUAUAACACAUUACAAAGAAGAAUAUGAAUCUAAUACGACUCAAUCAUCAUCAACACCAUCAUCAUCAUGGUCAAAUAAUCUUUCAUCAUUCCAUGUUCCUUCUUAUCACAAACGACAUUCAUUUGAUAAUACACAUAGUCGAAUUCAAAAUGAAGAUCAAAAUAAUACAAUAAGUACAACGAAUAUAACUGAUAAUGAUGAACAAUUACUAUUAAAUUCUAAUAAAAAUCAAACUAUACAUGAAGGUCAAAUAGAAUAUAUGCCCAAUGGUAGACGUUUUAUUUUGAAAAAUAGUAAAUGGUUACCAUUGUGUAAAUAUGAUAAUUUAUGUCGUAAUAUUGCUAAAUAUGAAUUAUUAUGUAUAAAACAUUUUGAAUUAACACAACAACAACGACGAGAUACAUUAAAAUUUCAUAAUAAUGAUCAUCGACGUUCACGUUCAUCUAUUUUUGAUAAUCAUCAUUCAAUUUUAUCUAGUGAUAAUAUAAAACGUGUGAAAACAACCAGUGAUUUUCAAAUAUCUUCUUCAUCAAUUACCGAACAGUUUAAUAUUAAUAGUCAUGAAAAUAACUAUACAACUAAUAAACCAAAUGAUAGUCAUUGUUCUUCAUUAACAUCUAAACUUCCUCGUCAUGAAAUAGGAAUAUCUUCUAAAAGAAAUCUAAAUACUUUAACAUCUGAUUUUUCAUUACUUGAUAAACAAAAAUCUGAUCUUAAGAGUGAUCAAUCCGUCCAGACUGAUCUAACUAUUCCAUUAUGUUGCAUUGUCCGUCAAGAAGGUCAUUCCUUUUAUUCGUCAUGUCAAAAUAAUAAAUCAACAUCUUCCAUUUUAUUUUAUGAUACUAAAUCGGAACCAAAAUCUUUUGAUAGAAAUUUUUCUACAUAA